CCUAAAUUCCCAACUUUCCUCCGUUCACAGUUUAGUGCUGCUUACCGUAACCACAGGAGCAGAGUGGAACGGAGAAAAAUGGCCCCGAAGAAAGGAGUAAAAGUGGCUGCCAAGAAGAAGCCGGAGAAAGUCACGAACCCCUUGUUUGAGAAGCGGCCCAAGCAGUUCGGUAUCGGUGGUGCUUUGCCUCCUAAAAAGGAUCUUUCCCGAUACAUCAAGUGGCCGAAGGCUAUCCGACUCCAGAGGCAGAAGCGUAUCCUGAAGCAGAGGUUGAAGGUCCCACCGGCAGUGAACCAAUUCACCAAGACCCUCGACAAGAACCUGGCUACUACCCUCUUCAAGCUUCUCCUGAAAUACAGGCCCGAGGACAAGGCGGCCAAGAAGGAGCGGCUUCUCAAGAAGGCGCAGUCUGAGGCGGAGGGAAAACCCAUCGAAGUGAAGAAGCCAAUCUUUGUAAAGUAUGGUCUUAACCAUGUGACAUACCUCAUUGAGCAGAACAAGGCGCAACUGGUGGUCAUUGCUCAUGACGUUGACCCGAUAGAGUUGGUCGUCUGGUUGCCUGCUUUGUGCAGGAAAAUGGAAGUUCCUUACUGCAUUGUCAAGGGAAAAUCACGCCUCGGAGCGAUUGUUCACAAGAAAACCGCGUCUUGCUUGUGCCUAGCCACCGUGAAGAACGAGGACAAGUUGGAAGUCAGCAAAAUCCUCGAGGCCAUCAAGGCGAACUUCAACGACAAGUACGAUGAGUACCGGAAGAAGUGGGGAGGCGGGAUUAUGGGGUCGAAGUCGCAGGCCAAGACCAAGGCCAAGGAGAGGGUUCUCGCAAAGGAGGCUGCACAGAGGAUGAGCUAAGUUCCGUACUGUCAUUUUUGGCCUGUGAGAUCUUACUUCUGUACCAUUUGUAUGCCUUUUACCGUCUUAGUUUUUGUUACCAUUAUUUGAUCUUAGUUAUGCAAAAUCGAACGUUAAUUAAAUAUGGCAGAUAAUCUUAUUUGAA